AUGGCUGCAAACGCCAAGUACACGGCUGCUCCGACGCAGGACCCUGAUGACCACCUUGAUUACACCUCCGCUCCGCCGUCCUACCAGGCAACAGGCUCCACCGCAGCGCAGCCCUCCGAUGCCGAGCGUCUUGCCAGCGGCGUACCGCGGGCGAGCGAGGACGACCUCCCCGAUGACUUCAAGUUUGGCGGGAAUGUGGCCGAGGCCACCAUCGAGAUUCGCCACCAGUUCAUCCGCAAGGUCUACUCGAUCUUGACCGUCCAGCUGCUCAUCACCGGCGGCGUCAGCGCCCUCGGGUUCAUGAGCACUUCGUACCGAGACUGGGUUCGGGCGCAUCCGGGCGUCCUCUGGCUUUCUCUCUUCGGCGCCAUGGGCAUGAUGCUCCUGACGUACUGGAAGCGCAAAUCCUACCCCACCAACCUACUUUUCCUCGGCGGCUUCACUCUACUCGAGGCUUACACCAUCUCCGUGGUCGUGACCUUUUACAACUCAUCGGUCGUGCUCAACGCCGUCCUCCUGACGGCUGGCAUGUUCGUCUUCCUGACCGCGUUCGCCUUCCAGACCAAGUACGACUUCACCUCGUGGAUGCCGUACCUGUUUGGCGCCCUCUGGGGCUUGGUCCUCUUCAGCUUCGUCGCCAUGUUCCUGCCCUACAGCUCCACCGCCGAGCUCAUCUACGGCUGCCUGGCCGCCCUUGUCUUCAGCGGCUACAUCCUCGUCGACACCCAGCUCGUCAUGCGCACGCACCACGUCGAGGAGGAGAUUGCUGCCGCCAUCAGCCUGUAUCUCGACAUUAUCAACCUGUUCCUCGCCAUCCUUCGUAUCCUUAACAGCCAGCAGCAGAACUAAGGUAUGGGUGGCCACGAGUAGUUUGGGUUAUUCGAUGUUGCUAUUCCGGGUUUAGUUUGAUUUUUGGUAUCAGGAAGAACAAAGUUAUCGUCACGCUUAAUUGUACGAUUCUCAGAACCUUUGGGUUGCUAUUGUUUGCUAUUGUAAUGGUUUGUAUGAUUCGCGAGGCGCUAAGGGAACUGUACGGAACUGGACGGACAUGUCGGGAUAUUCCGUACCGAAUACAUGAUUUCGGUAUUUCUUUUUACUUUCUUGUUGGUUCUGCACAAAUUUUGGAUGGAAAGAGCCCUCUCACUAAGAAAUUCGUUAUAUAAUUUGAUAUUGCUCGUCGUAUUCGUGAUUGCUGGUACUGAUAUAUUCGCCCAGAUUCCCUAACGCCAUCCCCCAUAUUGCCGUUCUCCAACCCCUCUGCACAUGCCCUCAAUAACUAAACAACUCCUUACAGAAUGAACAAGAAGAAAACUGAAAAUAAAUAAACCGCUGCGUAACGUCGUCCACUGUUGCUGUCCAAGUUGCGCACUCCCAAUAAAACAACCUUUCCUGUCGUCAGGUUCAGACAACUUCCCCGUCGAUGAGUAUGGCCCGACGGUCCAAUGCCCAGCAUUGAGCAAACAUGCAAGCAAGUGUUGUCUGCACCGCCUAGUAGCUGGUAGGCGACCAAACGCUCUCAUAUCUGUGUCAUAAAUCGCUUCCAUCCUGACCUAACAAGAUUCCUCUCCCCCGUUUGCUCUUGAACCAACUGGAACCUCUCCCACCGCGCAUCGUGACCUGCUCCAAUCACGAUUAUCUCAUCUUCUGUAGGCCAGCCAAUCUCGCCUUUGUUCGGUUUGAUGUUGAUGGAAUAAUCAUUAUCUUUGCUAGAAGAUAAUGGCUGCCCAUUCCGGGAACUGCCCACCCUUCUGGAGACCCCAACGAGGUCUUCUGCGUUGUUUGCUGGGCUGUUGGCAGAGGUAGUCGGCAUGGGCGAAUCAUCGACGGAAGCGAACGUGAUCUGCGCAAAGGAUGUGACGUCUCGAAAGUAACGGGGCAUCAGCGGCAGUUGACCGAGAAUACCCCAUCUUGUAGAUGAGUUGUUUGUGGUGGAACUUUCGCCGUUUCCCGCGUUUCCCACCUUUGUCGUCGGUGACUUGACGAUAACAUCACUAUCCGAGAAUCCCACCCCUGGAGUAUUAGCCGCAGUUUGCGCGCCGGUAUUACCAGUGUUAUUGUCGGUGCCGCUCUUUGAUGAUGGAAUGUCGUAUAAGUGUAGUGUGCCCUUAUCCGAGGUACACGCCAGCAUGGUUCCUGUUGGAUUAAAGCGAAGCGAAAAGACCUUUGCAGGAUCCAGCCCUCUCCGUAACUCGAUCACACGCCCGCCUGUAACAGUUGAAAACACCCGGAGGAGUGUCCCCUUCUCGCUUGCUGUAGCCACUAGUCUUCCAUCUGGACUGAACCGGAUGGCUGCGAGAGUGGAGGAGUGUGCAGGAAUGAUGCGGACAGUAUCAGUGGCAAAGUUGACGAGCUGCACUUGUCCCGGUGUCCUUCCAGGAAAGGCUAGCAUGUCUCCCGAUACCGAAAGAUCAGCAAGGCCCAAAAUGUUGUCGGCUGUCUCAUAUGAUGUUAUGAGGUCUGGUUUCUUGUCAAACUUGUAGACGCGUACGCUGUUCUUCAGUACGACUAUUGUCCGUUCCAUUGACAUCUGAACGCCACGGAUUGGCAGUAAGGUGCUGAUCUCCAGGUAGACCUUGUUUGCUUGUACGUUCCAGAGUAUGAGUUUGUUAGGGGCCCAUCUAGCAGGCUGACCACCGCCAACAAGUCCAAUCACAUUGCUAACACCCCUCAUGCUGGCGAUUCCGACCCCAGACCUCAGAUCUGUCAACAUGAUUAGUCACCAAAAAAACAGUGCACCAGAGACGGCAGGUCCUUGCAUGUACAUACCAGAGGUUGUUCUCAUAACACAAUCCCGGCUCAUAAAGACUGCAUAUCCGUAAGUUAAUCCAACCACAAAGCAGGUGGAGUCACUAUUGAAGGAUGCCGAUAGGGUCGUCCGGGUAGGAGGACCCUCGAUGGCUGGUCGCGUAUUCAUGGUUGAAAACUGAGAUGACGUCUUUUAUGUCGAUCCAGGUCCUGGUGAAAUCAGAAGUAAAUGAUGAAGAAAGCCGGAAGACCUAGUAGACCGAUAAUGGCCCUCUGAGCAUGAACAAACGCACGCCACAGCCAGGAAUAUGCACUGAUGCGGGAUGUUGGUAAAUCGAGUCAGGCAAAUAAUUGUUGGUUAUGCAAGACAAUGUGACCAAGCCAAGGCCAAACCUACAACGGGGUUGUGGGUGUUGGGAUGCGCUGCCGGCCGGCGUCGUUUACGAUGUGGAUACCCGGGUUCAAGGAACGCCGAUCGGCGACUUGACGGACGAUGUUGCUCGGCGGGAACGGCUUGGUAGAUGUAGAUAUGUGCAGGCGAAAGAAAGUCCGUGACCAGAAAGCUGAGGCACCGAUAAAUAAGAUCAUGUGAUGCGUGAACCGUAAAUAAAAAUAAAGUAUUAUCUAUACGUGAAGAAAAUCACCUGGAAAGUCCGUGGGUGCUCUGAACGUGACGCCCCAGGUUCGAUGAGGCUAGAGUAGAGGCACCUGAGGAGCUUAAAAUCAAACGUGACUGGCUAGCUGCCUUAUGUAAAUCGUCUGCAGGUUCAAAACCAAUCCAAAAUACUGGCCAAGGUAGA